GCGAAGGUCGACGGCGCGUGGCGGCCGGGCCUGGUGGACCGGCGCGAUUCCGACGCCAAGUACACCGUCGUGCUCGAGGGCCGUGGCCGCGUGGCGGGCCUCGACGACCGGCAGCUGCGGCGCAGGCAGCCGCCGCGCGUGGGCGAGAAGGUCGCGAAG